AUGACCUCAGUAACACCAUUUGUAGAGGGGUGGGAUUUGGUGCAGACUCUGGGUGAAGGAGCUUAUGGAGAAGUGAAAUUAGUGGUAGAAAGAGAGACACAAGAAGCCGUAGCUGUUAAAAUAGUAAAUUUGAAUAAAUACCCCAAUAUAGCAGAGAGUGUUAAAAAAGAGAUCUGUAUUCAUCGUAUGUUAAAUCAUCCAUCAGUCAUUAAAUUUUAUGGAUCACGUUUAGAGAACGAUGCUCAUUAUAUUUUUCUAGAAUAUGCCAGUGGUGGAGAGUUGUUUGAUAGAAUUGAGCCUGAUGUUGGAAUGAGUCAACUUGAUGCUAAUAGAUAUUUUAAACAGCUGAUAGCUGGAGUGGAGUAUUUACACUCAAGGGGAGUAACUCACAGAGAUCUGAAACCUGAAAAUCUUCUACUGGAUGAUAAUGAUAACUUAUUGAUAUCAGAUUUAGGUUUUGCGACAGUAUUUAGAUUUAAAGGCUCAGAAAGAUUAUUAGAGACAUGUUGUGGUACAGUACCGUAUAUAGCACCUGAAGUUUUAAGUAAGAAACCAUACCAUGCUGAACCAUCAGAUGUUUGGUCUUGUGCUAUUAUAUUAGUUGCUCUGCUGGCUGGAGAACUACCAUGGGAUCAACCCACAUAUGAUUGUAAAGAAUAUUGUGAUUGGAAAGAUUGUAAAAUAACACAAUCACCUUGGUGCAAAAUAGAUAACCUAGCUCUUUCAUUGUUAAGAAAAGUAUUAUUAGAAAAUUAUAAAAAACGUUAUACAUUAGAACAAAUAAAAAAACAUCAGUGGUUCAAUAAAACAUUCCACAAGAAAAAAGAAAGGCUGAUUUAUGAAAUAUUCAUUUGCAGGAACAAUGUCUCCUGUUCACAACCAGAACCCAGAAGAAUGGAGACUGAUAGUCAACCAGAACCUAGAACUGACACCAAGACAAGUAAAGAUAUAGCUGAUAUCAUGAUUAGUUUCUCUCAACCAAUCAAAACAGACAAUAUGUUACUAGGAAGUCAGUUUCAAGGCACCCCAGGAGCUUCACAGACACCCAUGCAGAAACUCGUAAGAAGAAUGACAAGAUUUUUUGUGAAAACCAAUCAUGAAGAAACUAUUGAAGAACUAAAUAAAACAUUCGAAAGCCUCAAUUUUGAAAAAUGGAGGAAAAAUGGUGCUAAUAAUGUAAGUUGCAUAAUAUUCACAGAUCCUGGUCAUUACAAUCAAAAACUUUAUUUUCAGUUAACUGUAGAAACAACAGAUAAACGAGGUGCUAAGUUAGUCUUUAAAACAACUCUAAUAGAUAUGGGAGAAAAUCUUUUGGUGGACUUCAGACUCUCAAAGGGAGAUGGUCUGCAAUUUAAAAGAUUAUUUGUGAAAUUGAGAGAAAAAAUGAAGCCAGUUGUGAGUAAAGUUCCUCCAAUGUGGCCACUAUACCCUAAACCAACAUCUACAGAGCCUUCUUAA